AUGACUACCCCAAACAAGACACCACCUGGUGCUGAUCCAAAGCAGUUAGAGAGGACUGGUACUGUUAGAGAAAUAGGCUCACAAGCAGUUUGGUCUCUUUCAUCCUGUAAGCCAGGAUUUGGAGUGGAUCAGUUACGAGAUGAUAAUUUAGAAACUUACUGGCAGUCAGAUGGAUCACAGCCUCAUUUGGUGAACAUCCAAUUUAGAAGAAAAACAACAGUGAAGACGUUAUGUAUUUAUGCAGACUACAAAUCUGAUGAAAGUUACACUCCGAGCAAAAUCUCUGUCAGAGUAGGAAAUAACUUUCAUAAUCUCCAGGAAAUCCGGCAACUUGAAUUAGUGGAACCAAGCGGCUGGAUUCAUGUUCCUUUAACAGAUACUCAUAAGAAGCCUAUUCGCACAUUUAUGAUUCAGAUUGCUGUUCUAGCUAAUCACCAAAAUGGAAGAGACACUCACAUGAGACAAAUCAAAGUGUACACCCCAGUGGAAGAGAGCUCUAUUGGUAAAUUCCCUAGAUGUACAACAAUUGAUUUCAUGAUGUAUCGCUCUAUAAGAUAA